AUUGCGCUUUGACCCUGGCUUCUCUGGUGGCAACAAUGAAUAAACGAAAUAUCUGGAAGUACGACGAAACGAAGGAAUUGUUGCAGAUUAUGUUGGAGAAAAACUUUGCCGCAUCGUUCACCACGCGGCACCACAGGAACGUUUUGAUCUUUCGCAAAAUCGAGCGGCUUUUGUUUCUCCGCGGGUACCCGUACAAAAACUUCGAACAGAUAGCGGUGCGGUGGAAGAAUCUGAAGAAUCUGUACACGCGAGCCAAGCGCAGCAAAGAUCCGAACCAACGGCAGUUGUUCCCGUUCUACGAAGAGAUGGAAGAGCUGCUCAGUUCGGUGCAAACGAAACCGCCGGAAUCGGGUUCGGAGCAGGCGAUGAACGAUGCCGAUACGGAUGAUGCCGCAGAAGAAACGGUGGACGGUGGUCGGCAUCGGGAAGCUUCGGAGGACAGGACGGAACAGGAGGAGACCACACAGCAGGAUCCCAGGCAAAGUUUGCCACUGUCUGCACGACCUUUGCGAAGGAAUCCCCGUGCGUAUGGCAGACGCCGAUCGACCGGCUUCGAUGCAAUCAUUGCGGAGAGCAAACAGGAACUGAGCGAUGAGUUCUAUCGAACACAGAAACGGUUGAUUGAUUACGAGUUUAGUUUGCACGCGCAGAGGGAGGAAGCGUACAUGAACGAAAUUCAGUCUACGACGAGGGCAAUGCUCGAGGAGCAAACGGAACGGUUUUUCUGUCGCCUGAAUGAGUUUUUCCAAGACCUUAGCAGCUUUAAAGACGGCGCCACCGCCGCGAACCUAGAACCGGUGGACCCUGAUGGCCCAUGAUGCGAAUAUCAAAUCAGCAGCUAACGUAGUGUUUAUUUCUUUUUAUUAU